CAAAAAUGGAAACACAGAGAGAAACAUGGCUCCGUCAGUCCCUCUCGCUCGCUCGCUCUCUUUCUUUUGCUUUCUUGAAGUUCAUUUUAAAUUAUCUGUGUAUUUGAAAAACAAAAUCCAAAAUUCAGUGAGAGACUGAAUCAGUGAGUCUUCAUCGAUGGAGAACAAGGUUCAAGAGAUACUGGAGAAGCAGGUGUUGACGGUGGUGAAGGCGGUCGAGGAUAAAAUAGAUGAUGAGAUCGCGGCAUUGGAUCGGCUCGAUACUGACGACAUAGAGGUGCUCAGGGAGCGGAGGCUCCAGCAGAUGAAGAAGAUGGCGGAGAAGCGUAGCCGUUGGAUCUCCCUCGGCCAUGGUGACUACUCCGAGAUUCCUUCCGAGAAGGACUUCUUCACCGUCGUUAAGGCUAGCGAUCGCGUUGUCUGUCAUUUCUACCGCGAAAACUGGCCUUGCAAGGUGAUGGACAAGCACUUAAGUAUAUUGGCAAAGCAGCACAUAGAGACUCGUUUUGUGAAAAUCAAUGCGGAGAAAAGCCCAUUCCUGUCCGAGAAGUUGAAGAUAGUUGUUCUGCCAACACUCGCCCUCAUAAAAAACACCAAAGUGGAUGAUUAUGUGGUCGGAUUUGAUGAGCUUGGUGGGACAGAUGGGUUCAGCACAGAGGAACUGGAGGAGAGAUUGGCUAAAUCUAAAGUAAUCUUUUUUGAAGGUGAAUCAUCGCAUAUUUCAUCUAAGUCUACCAAGAGGAGUGUCCGGCAAAGCACAAAUCCAGAUUCAUCAGAUUCAGAGUAAAUUAUUAUACGAAUUAUAUGUUUUACAAUGUUUUCACUUGAUUAAGGAUUACUACCUGAUAAUAUUAUUGCAAGUAUUGGGUUGAUGAUAUCAAAAUGGUAUUAAGUUUUGUAUUUGAGUUGUCUUUUCCAGCUUUCUGAUGUUGAGUAUUCCUGCUAAUUCAAUCGACCACUAGUCGAAUUAUUGUACGAAUUGCUUUACAAUGUUUUCACUUGAUUAAGGAUUACUACCUGAUAAUAUUAUUGCAAGUAUUGGGUUGAUGAUAUCAAAAUGGUAUUAAGUUUUGUA